CAAGCAUUAUAGGUGAAGGUCCCGUUGGAGCUUUGAUCACUGCGGACACCUUGAACUUCUAGAAACACCAGCCGCUAAGCAACACAAAAAAAAAAGUAAGAUACAAAGUUGCCGGCAACCCUCUUCGCGCUCUUCCAAAAAAAUUUAUCACCAAGAACCGAUUUCAACCGGCAAGUCUCGAAAACAGCGCAACAUAACAAACGAUUCGUCACAAUGUGGAUCAUCAACUGGUUUUACGAUGUGCUAUCGUCGCUCGGCCUGCUCAACAAGCACGCCAAGCUGCUUUUCCUCGGUCUUGACAAUGCUGGAAAGACCACAUUGUUGCACAUGCUGAAGAAUGACCGUGUCGCCAUCCUCCAGCCUACUCUCCACCCGACCUCCGAGGAACUUGCCAUUGGCAAUGUCCGCUUCACCACCUUUGACCUGGGCGGUCAUCAGCAAGCCCGCCGUCUCUGGAAGGACUAUUUCCCUGAGGUAAAUGGGAUUGUUUUCCUCGUCGACGCCAAAGACCACGACCGUUUCCCCGAGGCCAAGGCCGAGCUGGAUGCUCUGUUGUCAAUGGAGGAGCUGGCUAAGGUGCCGUUUGUCAUCCUGGGCAACAAGAUCGACCACCCCGAGGCCAUCUCGGAGGAGGAGCUGAGGCACCAGCUUGGUCUUUACCAAACCACUGGAAAGGGCAAGGUGCCCUUGGAGGGUAUCAGGCCCAUCGAGGUUUUCAUGUGCUCCGUUGUUAUGAGGCAAGGCUACGGUGAGGGUAUCAGAUGGCUUUCGCAGUACGUGUAGAGGGAGAAAGAUACCAAGUCGGGGGUGUUUGUUUUUUUUAGGAGUGGGAAGGUUUGGCGAUGAGGCGCAAUACAUUCUCUCUCUCCGAUGGUAUGGCUGUUUAAUCCGCCAAGCUUAUUGGUUUGCCCAUGUCACUUUUUAUUGUGCACGGGGUUCUUUCUCUGGGUAUAGACGCAGGCUGUCAUAGGGCUGCUCUACGGAAUGAGGCUACAUUGCAUUUGUAGGCUUGCCCUCCACGUUGUAUGUUGGUGGAUUCCACAGUCUGUUUUUGGUAAUGCGAUGCUAGGCGAAUAAGAAGGACUUGCUUUUUUUUUUU